CGCGAUUGUCCCGCCAUGGUUGUGAUUUAGCCUUACGUCUUUGACAACACUCAGCUCCUGCAGCUAGCGACCAAGUUAUCUCGACCCGCUCGUAUCAUUCUGUGUCUGUCAAGAAUCAAUGUCUUAAGCCGACUUGGAGCUGUCAUGUCGAAGCAAUAUCUUUCCUGCGGUUCCGCAGGCAAUGCACACCCUACUGACAUCUACGGGCUCGCCGUGACCGAUAAGUUCUGCUUGUCGGCAUCUGGAUCCUCUUCUCUGAAAGUCCAUACGACGGUUGACCCUGACUUCCCACUGGUCCAAUCCCUUGAUGGCGCCCAUAAACUUGGCUGUCAUCAUGUAGUGACCAACGCGAAAGGAUCACGGGCAGCUAGCAUUGGGUUUGGAGGUGAGAUCGCGAUUUGGUCUUGCCACGACGGCGUAUGGGCGAAGGAUAGCACCGCUCCAGCCAACCAGACUGGGUCUGCCGGCAUCUGGGCAAUCGCCUUGUCCGAGGAUGGGCAAUACCUUGCUGGUGUCAGCCAAGAUGGGCACGUCAAGGUCUGGGACCUGAAUGCCAGUGGUGAAGAGAUUCGAGACUACGAAACCAAAGGCAGCUUCGGUACCUGCAUAGAUCUGUCCGCGGAUGGUCGAUUCCUUGCUAGUGGCCAUGAAAAUGGCAGUAUCUACAUCUUCAGCACUGAAACGGGCCGCAUGCCAUUCAGUUUAUCAGGCCUUGUGAAACCCGUUAGAGCGGUUGCUUUCUCACCAGGAGGGAAGUUCCUUGCUGCUGCCGGAGAUUCAAAGGUGAUUGUACUAUAUGACACAUCAUCUGGUGAACAAGUAGCCAAUCUAUCGGGUCAUACAGCAUGGAUUAUGUCUCUUUCCUGGAGCAAUACGGGAGAAUACCUUCUCAGCGGCUCUUUUGAUGGCAAAGUCAAGGUUUGGUCAAUCGAUGCUAGAGCGUGUGUAGCCACUCAUUCUGAGACUGAGAAAUCCAUCUGGAGUGUGAGAUGGCUGCCGAAGGUCGGGCGUUCGGAAGGAUUUGCCACGGCCGGGGCGAGUCGAAGCAUAUCAUUCUACCGCGAAGCUACAGGUGGUUGAUCUCGACUCGCGUGUAUGCAUCCAGAAUUGAUAGAGGCUGAUUGAAGAGUUCAAGCCAAGGGCGAAAGGUUAUUUCCUUUCGGCCGCAGAAGACCCCCUCCCCCAAUCUCUUGCCUAUGUUCAAGUGUGAUGUGGCUACGCUGGGAUUUCUUACGCAUAUGGCUUGUAUGCCUGCAAAGUUAUUCAGGUGAUAUUUAUAAGCAUGUAUCAUCAAGCAUUUCUGUCCGUCCAAC